UCAGACCCGCCAUCUCGGUGCUUGCUGAGGGUGUGUGCCCAGCUUAGGGGACUUUGAUCGCUGUGCUGUAAUCAGCCUGUCCCAGGGAGUCUGUGAUCGUAACUUUCCAACCACUUUGUUACUUUCAUUUUAGCAGCAGGUGGAAGCAGCAGGAGGCAGGACGCUCAGUCAACUAAAAAUACAUUAAAUGAAUCAAUAAAGUAGGAAGAGUCCAGUCUGCAGCCCCUGGGCUCCGGAACUCUCUGUGCGGAAUGGAGGAGACAGCCUCAGCAGGGGAAACGGACACUUAUGAUACAAGCUCUUCCUAGAAUGGCUGUGGAUGGGAGCCCCCUGCAGAGACAGAAACAGCUGGGCAGCUUCUUUCCAAGGUGCAGCAGACCAAGCUACAAUGAUGGGGAAGGUUCCUUUGUUCUCUCCCAGCUCCACAGUGAGCUCCGCUCUGCCUGGCUACAUCGCUCUCUGCCUCACUCUACAGUUUCUCAGGCUGGUGUCAGCACAGUUCACAGUGACUGGACCUGAGCAUCCAAUCACUGCCUCCCUAGGUGGGGAGGCCAUCCUGCCCUGCCACCUCUCCCCCAGGAUGAGCGCUGAGAACAUGGAGGUGAGAUGGUUCCGAUCCGAGUUCUCUGCAGUCGUGCACCUGUACCGUGAUGGGCAAGAUCAGUACGGUGAGCAGAUCCUGGAAUAUCGAGGAAGAACUGAGCUCUUGAAAGAUGAAAUCACCAAUGGGAGAGUUUCCCUGAGAAUAUAUGAUAUCCGACCAUCUGACGAUGGACAGUACAAGUGUUUUUUUAAAUCCAGUGUCUCUUAUGAAGAAGCUUUAUUGGAACUGCAGGUGGCAGGUUUGGGCUCUGCUCCUGUCAUCUCUGUGGAGGGACAUCAGGACGGAGGGAUCCGGGUUGUGUGUCGAUCAGCCGGGUGGUACCCACAGCCCAAGGCUCAGUGGAGAGAUCUCCAGGGGCAGCUCUUACCAUCAGCCUCUGAAAUCAUAUCCGAAGAGUCCAAUGGCCUGUUUCAAGCGGAGAUUGCCCUUGUUAUAAUGGAAGAGUCCAACCAGAAAGUGUCCUGCUGUGUUAGGAACCCCCGUCUCAACCAGGAGAGAGAAUCAGCGAUUUCCAUAGCAGAGCUGUUUUUCCCACGAGUCAAUCCUUGGAUAGUGGCUCUGGGUGUGAUCCUGGCUGUUCUCCUUCCCCUGGCUGGUUACUGCUUCUGGAGGCAACACAGAGCAAAAGAGGCUCUGCGAUCUGACAUGAAGAGACAGAAAGAACUGGGUAAGCUCCGUUUCUGGUUUGUGGAGUUUGUUUUUCACAUGGACGUAACUCUGGAUCCAGACACGGCAAAUCCCAAACUCGUCCUGUCUGAGGAUCGGAAACAUGUGAGACGCGGAAACACAGAACAGGAUCUGCCCAACAAUCCUGAGAGAUUUGAUCACUGUUACUGUGUCCUGGGCACUCAGCGGUUCACGGGUGGGAAGCAUUACUGGGAGGUGGAGGUGGGACACAAGAUGAGAUGGGACCUGGGGGUUUGUAGGGAAACUGUGCGCAGGAAGGGGAAGGUCACCUACACACCUAGGAAUGGAUACUGGGUCAUGUGGCUGAGGGGUGGGGAAUACAAGGCCAGCACCUCCCCCCGGACCUCCUUCCCCGUGAGCAUCAGGCCCAACCGGGUGGGGAUUUUCCUGGACUAUGAGGCGGGCGAGGUCUCAUUUUACAAUGUGACUGACAGGUCCCAUCUCUUCACUUUCACUGACACCUUCUCCGGAAUGCUUCGCCCUUAUUUCCAUCCCUGUCGCUCGGGUAAAAACAUGGCUCCCAUGAUAAUCUGCCCGGUCCCAGCUGAGGCCGGAGGGAAUCUCUGUCCCUGACAGUGACCCCACGGCACAGACUGUCCCCUCCCAGUGCUGCUGCUCUUCCUGCCCACAGUGGUGACAGCAAGUUACUGCCGACAACUGGAGUUUUUGUGCUGACCGGACGCUGCCAGUUUCCUUUUUCAAGUGGAGGUUCCAGUCGAAAACCGGACACCUGGCAACCCCCAGCCCUCACUUUUCCCCGUCUCCUGCCCCAGGGGUAGUAGAUGCGGGUGGAUGGGGGUCAUUCACUCCUGUCAGAAUUUUCUAAUGCUGUGAAAUCUCAAUGUAAAAUAUGAAAGAAACAAGAUGAUUCUAAUUUAGAAAAUAUUAAUGUAACAAAGUGUAAAUAAAAGAAUAUUUUAAUUUACAUUUCAACAGUAUCUCAGAAACAAGCAUCUAAACAUCACAUGACAUUGCUAGGACUAUUUUUUUGUUUUAAACGUGAUGUGUUAUGAACAUUUUCAAUAUAAUAAUGCAGUUUUGAAGAUUUAUUCACAAUAUGCCGUUCAUGGCAGAGUGCCCUAA